AUGAAAGAGUUAUGUUUCCGUUGUAAAAGGCCAACUUAUUUCAAUGAUAAAGUUGGGCCGCUCAAAGAUGGUGUUUUGUUUCAUAAGGGGUGCUUUAAAUGUUGGAUUUGCGGAUCUCGUUUGUCAUUGAAAACAUACCACAAUAACCGAAAUGACACGCAAGAUUUGGAGGUAUAUUGUGCUGGACAUGUGCCUACACCAGGUCCUCACGAUCCAAUACCACACCGAUCAAAUCUUCUUUGCAGUCCUAAGACAAGAGGUGAUUAUCCAUAUAAUUUAAUGAGACCAGCUGGUCCAUGA